AUGAUUAAUAACGAAACACCCUCAAACCUAAUCAGCGAUCCGAAAACGACGGAAACGCCAGUUGUUACUAGACAGGUGCAAAGACCACACACGUCUGACGAAUCAAUACAUCGUCACGUCCGAAUGUUAAUGGAAGGAGACCGAAUGGGAGCGGACGAACUGUUUACAGCACUGAACAAAUUUUAUGACGAACAACGUUAUUCAUCGUCAGAGCGUAUUCGGUGUACACAAAUGUUUUUAAACGACGAAGGAAAAGAAUGGUAUGAACAAAACAAAGCCGAAAUCAAGGACGAUUGGUUAUCUUUCUGUGAUCGAUUGAAGCAACAUUUACAAAGCGGCCGACCGAUUCGUACACGUCCCUCACCACCAAGUGAAAACGUAUCGGUGCACAACGAAGACAAAUGUACAUUGGAGGAUAUUAUCCAUGAAAAAUUUAACACCUAUUCAGGUAUUGGUGAUGCAAAAAGUUGGCUACUACAAACCAUGAAUCGAUUCAAAUUAUACCACAUACGACGUGACGACCAACUCGAAGCUAUGCCUUUAUUGUUAGUCGACGAAGCUUAUUUAUGGCUCGUGGAAAACGUCGAAACUAUUCCGAACUUCGAAGUAUUCAGCAAAUUAUUUCUUGCACAAUUUGCAUUGACAACAGCGUCAACGAUAGGUUCCAUCAAGGGUACUGUUGCACCAGCGACUGUUGUACCUGACCAUUCACCUGCAUCGCAUUUGCAAAGAACCAUAGCUGAUGAAAUAAUCAAACGGCCAACACUUUUUCGUGGUUCACAAGAUGAUGUACACGAUUGGUUGGAGAAAUUGGAACAACGAUUCGCAAUGGCACACUGGAACGAUGAGGACAAGUUACGAUACAUAUCAAUACAUCUACAAGAUGAUGCCUAUCGAUGGUGGAUGCAAACAUCCACUACGAUAAAGACUUGGUCUUCGUUCACAGAUGCAGUCGUACGUGCUUUUGGCUCAACACGAGCACAAGAGUUGGCGUUUGAACAAUUGAAAUGGUACAAACAAACCAUCAACCAGUCUAUUACUCAAUAUUAUGAAAAAGUUAUCGAACUAUGUAAAAAAGUCGAUGUUGCAAUGCCUGAUUCCUUGAAAUUACAAUAUUUGAUGGCUGGAAUCAAGGAAUCAUUGAAGACACAUGUUGCAUUACAAGAUCCGAAAUCAACUGAAGCAUUCUUAUCAUCAGCACGAAAAGUUGAAGAUAUUUUCGCACUUAAACAAACCGAUCAGGAAACCGUUGCAAAUGAUACUUAUUUGAACGCAACUAGUUAUCAAAGUCAACCAAAUCAAACGAACUUCACACCAACAUCGAAUAAUAAUUUCCAUCGAAGCAAUCCUCGAUAUCCAACGGCACCAAAUAAUCGGCCGAUGUAUAGUCGAAACACAUCAAGUACAUACAAUGGUAACCGGCAAAACAAAUCUUCGAAGUAUACAAGACCAACGCAACGAUCAAAUGCAUGUUUUAACUGCGCACCGGUCGAUGGUGUUGCUUCCACGAAUUUAUAUAGCAAUCCAUCGACGUUAAACACAUCAUUGCUUUAUCUUGACGUCCUUGUAAAUAAUAAACAAAUGAAAGCAAUGAUUGAUACUGGCGCAAACCGAACAUUUAUUUCAUUACAAGCACUACCUAGACCACACACUCAACAAUUUAUUGACAAACAACAGAGAAGUGCAUCUUUAGCUGACGGACACACAUCACUUUCUAUUUUAGGCACGUUAGAAUUAUGCAUUGAUAUUGGUGACAUGUCAACAAUUAUCAAAGGAUACGUUGUGAAGGAAUUAUGUGCCGAAUGCAUAUUAGGAAUGGAUUUCAUUAGUAAAUAUAAACUCAUUAUCAAUGCAGAUGAACGAACAGUGACAAUGCGUGAUGAUGAUAGAUGCAUUACAACGACAUUUGAUGUUAAUCAACGCAAGAUUCGUUAUCCAGCACGAACAAUUAGUCAGAUCUAUGUUCCACCGAAACGAACAGUCUCAAUACCAGUCAACGUGAAAAUAUCGUCAGCCAAAGUUUCAUUUCGGCCAUCCUUUCGAUUGGCGCGACAAUCACCAAUGAUAUUGUUAAACAACAUGGUCGUGGUGAAUCACCAAAAGUCACACAUCUCACUUUACAAUCCGACAAAAUAUUCGUACACGAUACCUGAGGGCAUCGUAGUAGGAACGACCACAGUUCCAACAUUAUCUUUCAACAAAUGUUCACCAAUCGAUCAUGAAUUAGUCAACGGAUAUAUUACAAAGUUGACUCGACACGUCGCAGAUCCGAAACAAGCAGACGAAAUUAAGAAUAUCCUUCACCACCAUGAGAAACUCUUCGACACAAGCAAACCUACGAUUGCUGUUAAUGUCAAACCACAUGAAAUCAAGACACUUGAUUAUCCCCCACCGACGUCGAGACCGUACUAUUCAACGCCGCAAAAGGAAGAAGAAAUGUACAACAUCGUUCAAGAUCUUCUACAACAUGGUCUCAUUCGCAAGUCGUAUUCUCCAUUUGCAGCACCAGCAUUACUGGUCGCUAAGCACGAUGGAUCAUGGCGAAUGGUGGUUGAUUACAAGAAAUUGAACAACAUGACAAUCAAAGACAACCAUCCGUUACCGAACAUGGAACAAACAAUAAGACGAUUAGGCGGUGGAUACAAAU